CCGUACUAUACUUCCCUCACGUGAGUCCUGAAUGAAUCACCUCUCUCGUCGUUUGCCGUGGCGCGUGCACGACUGGCGCGAGACACGACUGUGUCUUUGACAGUUUCCCCGUUGUUCCACGUUGGAUGUCAAACGCGGUCGCGUUUCCAGCUCUCUCGCCCGUUCGACACUUUUUAUGUCUCGGCAACGAUUUUCUUGCGCGGGAACGUUCUAACGUGUAUCGGCGUUGUUUGUUUGUUUUUUUUUUUUUUUUUUUUUUUUACAAUUUAAUACUCGAUUGAGACCGUAAUUGAGAGAGAGAGGGAAGCGCCAUCGCCAGCCAACACUCUGACAGAGGACUUGUCCGCGACCACACAAAAAAAGGACACUGUUCGCUCGCGGAUGAUCCCGAGGAUGCGCGCGUAGAUUUUUUUAUAUGUUCCUACACCGCGCGAUUGUUCGUGUUCGAGACUGUGAGUUAGCGUCGGGAGGAUAAAUGCGCCCGAUAAAUGGGAGUCUUCGUGCCGCGAAGGAGCUGCUUAGAAUGAAGGGGAUUUAGCGUUUGCUGGCUCGUGGACGAGACGAGCAAUCGACGAGGACGGAAGAGCGAGGAACACGUUGGGGAAAGUACAUGCAACUCGAUUGUUGCGGUCAUUCAAAACAAACAUGACUGUUAUGGAUUUUUUCGGUUGUGCCUUCCUGGCCUUCGGACCACCGAUGGCCAUGUUUACGUUUACCGUAGCUGUCGAUCCCAUCAGGAUAAUCAUACUUAUCGCCAGCGCCUUCUUCUGGCUCAUUUCUCUGCUGCUGUCGUCGGUGCUCUGGUACGCCGUUGUUCCGCUACAGGAGCAUCUCGCGUUCGGACUGGUGUUCUCUGUUCUGUUCCAGGAAGGCUUCAGGUACUUGUUAUAUUGGGUGCUGCGCAAGGCCGAGAGAGGUUUGGAAAAGGUUACAACGACUCACGUGGCAGAUAGCAGGCAUGUAUUCGCUUAUGUUUGCGGAUUGGGCUUCGGAUUUAUGAGCGGUGCCUUUGCCUUAGUCAACGUCCUGGCCGAUGCCGUCGGGCCUGGCACAAUGGGACUCCGGCAGGGCACGGAAUACUUCUUCAUAAUAUCAGCUGCCAGUACUCUGUGCUUCAUUUUACUACACACAUUUUGGGGCGUUAUAUUUUUCUCCGCCCUGGACAAGAAGAACUGGAAACAGAUCGCCUGGGUUGUCGGUUCGCACUUGUUCGUCUCCUGCAUGACAUUGCUCAAUCGUUAUCAAGCGUACACGGCCAGUCUCAUGUCCGCUUACAUAGUAUUGAUGAUCACGGCUGCGUUCGCAUUCAAAAUCGCGGGUGGACGUCUACAAACUUUAAUCCGUUGUUUCCAAAGGAACUGAGAGAGAGAGACAGAGAGAGAGAGCUUACAAAAAAAAAGAGAAAAAAAAACAAAAGUUACUUAUCGAUUACAUGAUGUGAAGUCGCAAUACGCAGUUAUUUAAGAGAAAGAAAUCUACCUUCGAUCGACAACACAACAAACGUCCUAACGAAGAAACAUCCUUCCCUUUUAGACGCUAGUUCGUAAGAAAAAAACAAAAAUUGUUCAUUGCCCUAUUACACGCGGACGAGAUAAUGUACGCGCUAAACACGCAGAAUAUUUUUAUUCCUUCGAAAUAUCAAGCAGGAUGACGUGUGAGAAAUAGUAUAUAUAUAUAUAUAUAUCUAUCUAAAAUAUUGUUGAGGAAGAUGUUUUAUGGGCUACACGUAUUCCAUUUAAUUUGAUAAAACCGUGAUUCUUGUAUACAUGUUGAUCUUUCAUUCACACAAUUUAUAGAUUUGAUAAAUUUAUUAAUUAACUCUUCGCAGACAGACUCCAGACACACAAUCUACCAGUUGGACAAACUGGAUGAGACCCACGCGAUCGAAUAUCUCCGCGAAAAAUUAAUAAUUCUUUCAAUUUUGUUUCUUUGAGUCGAUAUUUUGAACAAUGAUUCUUUGAUAAAAAAAAACAAAUUGAAAAAAUUUCUGGCAUUUUCUGGAAAAUAUAAAGCGUUUAAAAAGAAAACUAAUUUUUCUUCGGAAACCGGUUUGAAAUUUUUGAGUAGUGGGUCUGAAAGAUCCAUGUCUGCAUGUGAAGAGUUAACACAUUUACUUGGUUCGAACUAAAUGACAAAUGCACGUUCACGCUGUAAUCAAACAUGCAAGUUAAUGCGUUUUUGGCGAAAAGAUGUUUCCUCCCCGAGAGAAAUUGUCGCAACCUUUUUCUUGUUUUCUCAAUAGGUUCUAGCACUGAGUAUUUUGAUCAUGUUGCUAGUCCGUCCCUUGUCCAUCGAAACAGUUUGAUGAUGAGAGAAUCGGAAUAUGCGUAGCGUUUCGAUCCAAAGCGUGAUAUCGGAAAAAAAUAAAUAAAUAUAAAUGUAAAUUAUUCCCUAGUAUCUUACAAAGGCAAAAGAGAAAAAAUCUAAAAGGUAUGCGUGCGCUUGUACGUAUGUAUGGAUGUGAUAUAUGCAUAUAUAUAUAUAUAUAUAAUAUACAUAAUGUAUAAAUUAUUAUUGUCAGAAACGUGAAGUGUAUAUUUAUGCAUCAAUUUGCGCCUUAUAAAACUGCAUUUCUUGACUAGGUUAAAAAAACAAACAAACAAAGAAACGAUAAAAUUUAAGGGAUUGUUCCUUACUUUUUGUAUAUGUAAAAAAAAAA